GCCAAUUGCUUUGAGGGGUAUUCUUCCCGAUGAUGUCACAUCCGUCUUGUUUGACUUAUCUGCUUACUUUUGAGGAAUAUGUUCAAAAGUUCUUCAUGUUGAUGAGCUUGACCGUUUGGAAGAAGCAAUUAAAAUCACAUUAUGCAGAAUGGAAAUGAUAUUUCCUCCUGGAUUCUUCACGGUUAUGGUUUACUUGGUCGUCCAUUUAGCUACUGAAUGUAAGAUUGCUGGGCCAGUUUGCUAUCGAUGGAUGUACUUUAUUGAAAGGUACUUGGGUAAAUUGAAGUCGUAUGUUCGCAACAAAGCGCGUCCAGAAGGUUCAAUUGUAGAAUCAUAUUUGGCAGCUGAGUGUAUGGCAUUUUGUUCACGAUAUUUGGAAGGUUUCCCUACCAAGCAUAACCUACCAUCAAGGAAUAAUGACAAACCAGAUCAGUUUGAGACUCCCAUGAGUAGGCAAGAAUCCACUUUGUUUCCUCCAGUAGGAAAACCAUUGGGAAAACCAUCGGUGUACUCCUUAACUGAUAGAGAAAAAUUGCAAGCCCAUAGAUAUGUGCUAUACAACUGUGAUGCUGUAGUACCAUAUCUAAAAGAACAUGUUGCUGAUUUAAAAAGGAAUAAGCGCAAAAGGUUAACUCCAAAAAACAUUGAGGACAUGCAAAAUGAACAAUUUCCUAAUUGGUUCAGAGAUCAUAUCUUGCAGUUGGAGAAUCAAAGAGGUAUCGAUAGCAUUGAUGAGGAUAUUAGAUGGUUGGCACGUGGACCAAUUGAGGUAGCAAAACGACAUAGAGCAUUCAAUACCCGUGGGUACAGGUUCAGAUCAAAGCGUUAUGACAGGGUGACUCAAAAUAGUGGAGUUGUUGUGACUGCAAAAACAUCGAGCUACACGUCCGCGAGUGAUACCAACCCUGUCCUUGGUGAUAUCAUGUAUUACGGAAGGAUACUUGAUAUAAUUGAGUUAGACUACUAUGGAAAUUUCUCAGUUGUGUUGUUUAAAUGUGAAUGGGUCGAUGUAACUAAAGGAAAAUGAGUGAAAACAGAUAAGUUUGGCUGCACACUUGUGAAUUUCUCAAAUAAAAUUCAUACCGGUGAAAAGAUUGAGCAUGAGCCCUUUGUAUUUACAAAUCAAGUCGACCAAGUGUUUUACAUUGAAGACCAUUUAAAUCCAGGGUGGUCUAUUGUAAGGAAGAUGAAACCCAGAGAUA